UUUUUUUUUUUUCGCGUAAGAAUAAUGGAUACGAAUCAAUUUGCUGUUUUAGAACAAGAACCAACACUUGAUGAAGGGGAGGAAAAAAUAAUUGACUUUUUGAGUUUCAAGACACUUGCUCAAGGUGUCAAAGCCAAAUUACCUGAUUCAAAAUUUAAAAAUCUGGAAAAUAGAUCAAGUAUGUCCAUUUUCAUUACUUCAAGUAAAUAUGGUUAUUUUGUUGCAGGUUCUCCUACAGGUUUUAGACUUGGUCAGACACAAAAACUUCGUUCAACUAUUUACAAUAGUAAACAACAUACAGUUGCAAACUUCGAAGAUAUUAUUUCCGUUGAUAUUAAUAAAGGAGAUAUCAGUAUUCUUAGUUUAUCGCCUGACGAACUUCAACUCUUUGUAGCUGUCACUGGAGGUCUUCUUUUAACAUACAACAUUAAAGAUAUUAUUAACAACAAACAAGAUGCUAAUCCAGUUCAAACUCAAUCUUUUGACAAUGAUAUUACUCAAAUUUUACCUAAUCCGGAGGUUUAUCCUGAUUUGAUUGCUGUAUGCACAAAAAACUCUGAAUGUAAACUAAUCAAGUUUAUAAAAGGAGAAGUUAUCACACAUAUUCCAAGUGCAAUUACAGCAUGCUGGUCCCCUAAAGGCAAACAAAUUGUUUGCGGCACAAGAGAAGGUAUCAUCAACGUAUAUGAUAUUGAGGGUAAUCAAAAGGAUACAAUCUUACCUCCUCCAAGCAUGAAAAAAAACCCUGACGAUAUAUUAUCCAACAGAUAUGUCAGUGGUCUACUUUGGAUAGAAAAUCAUGUCUUUCUUGCUAUUUACUCAGAUACAGAGGAUAAUGAUUUAAAUUCGGCAUUUAUUAUUGAUAGAAAAAAAGAAGAUUUGGAUGAAAAAUAUCAACGAAUGGGCACAUUAAAUAAAAUCUAUGACUUUGGAGAUAUUCCUAAAAGCCACUUUUAUUUAUCCAUGGUACGCAAUUUAGGACCUAAUAUUAAAACAUUAGUUAUAAUUUCCAAUGCAGCUUCGCUUGAUUUAGCUUUGAUAGGUCAAGAAAGAGAUGGUCAGUGGUCUUCUUGGAUAUUGGAGAAUAUGCCAUGUUUACCUAUAGGCGAAGAAGAUGGAGAAGAUACUUUUCCUUUUGGCAUGACCAUUGAUUACUCUGCAUCAGAACCUUUACCCCCUUACAAGGCAGAUGAGAAUGAUAAACCUGUCCCCGCUGUACCUAAUCUUUACUAUUUAACAUCUGAAGGUAUUAUUUGCGCUUAUCAUAUCUAUAAUGAUGACUUGGCAAAGUCUGGAGAACGUUAUCCAGGCAUGGUUCAAGCGGUGACAGACCUUAAUGAAAUCCCUGAACCUACUUUAAAAAACUCUACUGCUAUAACUACAGCUUCUGGAUCAAAAGUGUCAUCUCCCUCCUCAAGUACUACAAGUGAUAGUCAUUUUAGCAUGACCAGCUUUGUCUCUCCAUCUAACGUCAAAACACCCGCUUUUAGUACUUUACAAACCAAUAUGAUGUCAAGCCCUAAGCCAAUGAAUCUAGCAAUAGGAGGCUCUGAAAAGCCUACAUUUGGUAGCACUUCCCUUACAUUUGGGCAAUCAGCCUUUGCUGGAGCAAUGCCCAAACAACAAACUAUGUCCUUUGCAGAACUUGCUCGUUCAUCUUCUACAGAGCUACCCAAGAAUGGGGCUUCCUUGUCAUCUUCUGCGUUUGGUAAACCUUCCUCUACACCAGCUUUUGGUUCAACAUCAUUUUUUGGUGCUACUACAUCAUCACCUACCUUUGGAAAGUCCUCUUUUGGUACUCCAAUGACUGCCUCUACAAGUACGCCUUCAACACCAUCAUUUGGUGGCUUUAAGAAUGUAGCUUACAACCCUAAAAUGCCCUUUGGAAGUACAUCAUUCGGAGGUACCUCAUCACCUUCAAAUGAUGUUUUUACAACAAAGGACACAAGUAAAGACGUAGAAAAUUCGAAGGAAGCCACUAUUCCUCAAAAUGAGACUACAGCUAUACCAACAACAAAGCAAUCACAACAAUCCAGUGAAAUAAAGUCCUUCAAGCAAGAAGAGAGGGUAGAUGAUGAUUUUGAUGAAAAAGAGUUGGACCUUAAAUUAUCAUUAAACAAGCCAUUUGAGGAUCAUAGCACGAGUAGUGAUACUUCCAAAACAAACAGUACUAACAGUAGUCUUCAUGACGAUGCAACUACAUCAAGUUAUGUUCAUAUUGAAAAAGAAGAACAAACGACUACAUCAUCUGAAGAUGAUGAAAACAGUGAGAUAUAUACGGAGUCUGCAGAAGAGGAAGAUACCCAAGAUGAAGCUAAGUCUGAUAAGGAUGAAGAAAAAUGUAUUAAAGAAGAGAGACAACUUGCAGAGGAAAAUCGUAUUGUAGAAGAAAAGCGCAUAGAAGAAGAAAAGCGCAUCGAAGAAGAGAAGCGCAUUGAAGAAGAAAAGCGCAUUGAAGAAGAAAAGCGUAUUGCAGAAGAAAAGCGUAUUGAGGAAGAGAGACGACUUGCAGAGGAAAAGCGUAUCGAAGAAGAAAAGCGUAUUGCAGAGGAAGAACGACUUAAAGCAGAAAAACUCGAAGCAGAAAGACUUGCAGCUAUGAGACCUGAUUUAAUUAUCGCUCUGAGUAACAGACAGGAUAGAGAGCAAAUACAUUAUAAUAGAGAUCCUGAACUCACAGGCAUGGCUAAAGAAAUAGAGGAAUAUUAUCUUGGCACACGUGAAGAUGUUGAAUCGACAUGUAACUUAUUAAUUGAUAUCAGAGAUGAAAUUAAACUUCAAUCAAGGACUUCAUAUGCUCUAAAAGAUACGUCUUACUUUGAUAACACAGAGUUUAUCUGGAAAUUAUCUGAUGCUAAAGAUAUAUCAACUAUGACAAAUUCAUUAAAUGAAGAAGCGGAAAAAUUAUAUGUUACUUUACCACUUAUUAAAGAAUCAACUGAAAAUCUAUGCAAUACUCUUGAUAAAUACUCUUCGAAAAAAGACAUAAUUGGGUCCUAUCUUGAGAUUAAUAAUUUUGAAGAGCCUCUUAAGGAUGUACAUUUAGAAGAUGAACUUAUAUUCCAAGGCGAAGAGCUAAUGGAUAGGACAGCCGAUACAGAAGAAAUGCUUAAAAAUUUGGAAUCACAAUUUAAUAAUUUAGAAUCACAACUUAAAAAGCCCGCAAGCCACAACAAAUACAAUAGAGGUGAAUUUACUAUGUAUUCAUUACGUCGUACGAUCCGUGAUAUUGACCGCUCAAUUAAGAAAGAACAGGACAGCUUGACAAAGAUAGAAGAAAAGGAGUUAGAGCUUCAAUCAUCAAAAGAAGACAACAAAGAAGAAGAGUUGCUUACUUUUCUUCAUAAGAAAUCAAAUUCGAAAUUAUCUCCUGAAUAUGCUUUACGUGUUUUGAACAAAAACAAAUUUUUAAAUCAGGUAUUUGAAGGAACAACGAAGAGAGGUCUAUUAAAUGUGUGACGGCUUCCCCAAAUAAUGGAUUAGCCCAACUAAUGGACAUAUUGUCAAAAUAAUAAAAAAUAAAAAAAGAGUCCAAAAUAAACAAUGAUG